UCAAUUAUAUAAUAUUCAAAUAAUAAUAAAAUAUUAUAAAGAUAGAUUUACAUCUAUUAAAGAGUAUUAUGUAGAAAGUAUAAAACACUUCACUUAUAUAUAGACUACUAUUCCGCUUGUAGUUUAUCAUCUUGUGGUAUGUUUAACAGUGGAGUGUUUUAUACUUUCUGGCCGCACGAGCAUUGUUCGGUGAAAAUAAAAUACUGAUUGCCAAUGUACCCAUACAAUAUUUUGAAAUCUUACAAAGUGAUUGGUAUAAACGGAUUUACGGAUAUAAGAGUGUUCGGUAUAACAGGGUCGCUCUGUAGGUCUAUCUAUAUCUACAUGUCUACUUAACUACAUUAUCCCCUCAGGACCAAAAUCAUUAACGACUUGGCAGAAUGGCCAUAUUUACCCAAAUUCUCUCGACCAGCGAGUUGGAGUUUCCUCCCCGGCUCCUGGACUUCACAGUUGCUCUAUCAUCCGCCUAUGUUGUGUUCUGGAUUUCUCGUGCCUUUUACCGUUUGACGUUACACCCGCUCGCCUCGUUUCCUGGUCCUAAAUUCGCUGCCAUCUCGGUCUGGUGGCUCUACCGCGAGGGAAAAGCCAGAGAUAUCGAGACGAGUCUGAGAGCCCUGCACAAAAAAUAUGGUGAAACACAUCUUCCCUUCCACGCGCCCGACGCUUGAACUGACAAUUGCUGUUUAUAGAUACUCAUAUUCUCCGCAUCGGACCAAACGAGCUACACAUCGAUGAUGUUUCUGUCUACGACGAGAUAUACUCCCAAAAGUACCGUUUCCUGAAGGAGCCUGAUUUCUAUGCCUCCUUCAAUGCAGCGAAUACUGUUUUUUCGGAAGGCGUGCCAGCUGCUCACCGUGAACUCCGGAAGAUCAUAAGCCCUUUUUUCUCGAGGCAACGUAUUGUCGCAGUUGAACCCACCAUCUACGCCAAAGUCAACUUGAUGGUCAACAAGAUGCGUGACUUCCAAGACCAAGGAGCUAUCCACCUCUAUAGCGCUAUUCGGUGGGUUCCAAUUUCUGGAAGUCUUUCUUUCGCUAAUUGAACGCUCCGGUAUACAGAUGCUUGACCGUGGACUUCAUAUCCGAAUAUUCGUUUGGAAAGUCUUUUGGCCUCUUGGAGGAUGCCAAGGACCAUACAUUUCGGCCCGGCAUUCUCCUUGCUUUCGACAUGGCCACAGAAGUAAUAAUCACCUUCCGGUAUUUUCCAAUUGUGCGACAUUUUACCAACUUGCUGCCUGCAUCAUUGAUGGCUGUUUUUAGUGAGAGGAUUUCAAAAGUCAAGGAGCUGGGAAUGGUAAGCUGUGCGAAUGAUCUGAUGCUCGGCCAAUGCUAAGUAGGUGAUACAGGCCUUGGCAGACGCCAUGUCAUCGUUCGAUAAGGCGCGCGCAGAUGGCCAGAAAUUUGAACAUCUGCCUCUGUUCGACCCACUUUCAAAUAUGUCGAAGAAGUAUAUAGAGGCCGAGUGCCUUGAUAUCAUGGUUGCUGGCUCAGACACGACUGCAACAUGCUUAGGAUAUCUAAUGAACGCUGUUAUCGCGAAUCCUGAUAUCCUACAAAAAUUGAGAGCUGAGCUAGAUGCUGGACUUCCAGAUAAGGACGCGAACUGGCCUUUAUUAGAGCUGGAAAAAUUCGAGUAUUUGGUAGGUAAUUCUUUCAAGAUAUUGAAAUCUGCUCACAAAUAUCAGACUGCUUGUAUCAAGGAGACGCUUCGAUGUGCAAUACCCGUUCCAGGACGUCUGCCGCGUGUUGUUCCCACCCCACAGCCAGGUGCUCCACCGUUUAUAGUUGAUGGAAAAGUUAUCGCACCUGGAGUAAGUUAAAUAUAAACAACCUUACUUCCUGCACUAACAUCAUACAGUCAAUUGUCGGAAUUUCCGCUAGAGCGAUGCAUUAUAACGAAUCUGUCUGGGGCCCGGAUAGCGAAGUGUUUAAGCCAGAAAGAUGGUUGGAACCUGAUUCGAACCAGCUCGAGAAGUUUUUGGUCGCAUUUGGGAAGGGUGGAAGGCAAUGUCUAGGAAUGAAGUAUGUUGAAAUUUUUGCGCUGUGACCCGAACAGAUCUCGUUGGCUAACAAUUUUUUCCAGUUUGGCCUAUGCUGAGCUACGCAUCGCAACGUCGAAACUGUUUAGAUGUCUGGAUAUGUCUCUGGACAGCAAAAUGACGAAGAAAGAUCUAAAUCAAAUUGACUAUUUUACAACAACAUUUGAGGGAACAGGUGUGCGAGUUCUCGUCCGUGGAGAACGCCCAUGAUUUGUAAAUCGACAAUUCCGUAGAAGAUGAAGGAAUUUUUUGUUAGCAAGAAUCAUCUUUGAAAAAGGGAUAGAGACAAUUGGUUAUCUGAAGGUGUCUCAGAAUCGCUGGAUGAGAUUGUCAUGGGAUAGCUGCCACGAGUAAGGUGCUCUUUGGGAGGAGGGAUUUGAUAGUACAAAAUUCGAUCAUAUAAAUCCGUUAGAUAAAAAGGCUACCAGGUAUCAUACUCACAGAUAUUACUGACUUCAUGCACUAAUGUGAUUUGCUCCAAAUCCCCUACUGAGAAUGUGCAAGAAGACCAUAACAUACCCAAAAGGAAGUUUAAAAAGCAUGUCUACUGUCAAAACUCAAGUAAUUCGUCUAAGUCCAAACCCUUUUGGGAAUAAGGUUAAGAAUACACAAUUGAAUAUAUGAAUUAAGUGAAUUAACAAGUGAAUAUA